AUGCGCGUUCCUCGGCUCCACCUCAUCCCCAGACUCGCCCUUCUCGCCAUCAUCGCCACCGCCGCCGCCGUCACGUUCAUCGUUUGGUCGAGACGACACAUGCAAGCUGGCAGCCAAGAAAAGGUCCAUGGUGGUAGUAGUUCAAGGGCUGGAGAGUGCCUUACGCUCAACGCAAGAUGCAAUGUCUACAACGGGGAUUUCUGCUGCGGCAAGCUCUACUGUCACGAGCUGCCGAGUAUGGGCGCGACUUGUGUGUCGCCUGGUGGGUCAGAGUACUACCAGGAACUGCUUGCGGAUGGUUGGUUGGAAGAGGAAGAUUCCAAACGGUGA